AUGGGCACCAACCCUGCAAAAUACUACGUCUCGGCGAACAAGCUCGCCAUACUUGCAGAUCAAUGCAAAUAUGCAUAUUCAAAGAUGGGUGUCAUCGCAGCCUUGAAGGGCAAUAAAGUUGGAGCCGUGGUAGUCUCCGUCUUUGACUGGUACCCGUCGGAAUACCCGAAAGAGGAGAGGAAGCUUCUCCGCAAGCUUGACCUAGCCAUCCUGGUCUUUGGAUCUCUAAGCUUCUUUUGCCGCUUCCUCGGACAACAAAACAUCACCAACGCAUAUGUCUCCGGCAUGAGAGAGGACCUCAAUGCCUUCGGAAAUGAGUUGAACUACUACGUCGUUGCUUAUCCCACUUAUGACGCUACAAACAAAAGGCAAACUGGCGCAGUUAACCAUGACAGGGCACCGUUCCUCCUCCCUUCGCUACAGAUCCUUUGGGCCGUCAUCGCAUUUUGUCAGUCUGAGAUCAAACAUAGCUGGCAACUCUAUAUCUUGAGAGCCUUGACUGGGUUCCUCGAGGCCAGCUCAUUUGGUGGCACUCAUCUAAUCCUUGGCUCGUGGUUCAAGAACGAAGAACUCUUCAAACGAGCGGGCGUCUGGUUCAUGGGCAAUUCACUUGGCUCCAUGUUCUCCGGAUAUCUCCAAGCUGCUGCGUACCGAAACCUCAAUGGCGUUUUUGGGCGUGCUGGUUGGCGAUGGCUGUUCAUUGUACAAGGCAUCAUCACAUUACCUCUCGCUUUUCUGGGAUUCGUCGUUUGGCCUGGACUGCCUACAUCGCCCAGAAGGUGGUAUAUGACUGAGGAGGAGCAUGCUCUCGCUCUCAGACGUAUCCCUACUGUCGAGAAGGAGGGGAUCACAUGGAAGACAUUCAAGUACACCUUGAGCCGUCCCAUGUGGUGGAUCUGUGUCUCAUGCUACAUCUUCUUGUGCCAGGCGCAUUAUUGGUUUGUCGCCUUUUACUUCGGUGGCUUUUCAGGCAUGGCAUCGCCCAUUCUGUACUCGUGGGUCAACUCCACCCUGAAGGAGAACUACGGCGAGCGUGGGCUCAUCAUUUCAUCUAUGAUGACACUGGGCUUUUGCAACCAGAUCUGGAUCCCACUCUUCACAUUUCCAACAGUUGAGGCCCCGCGCUUCCCAAAUGGAUACCCAGCGGCGACAGUGUUUGAGUUCACCAUGUGGGCAAUCUUAAUGGGAGGAGUCUGGUAUAUGAAGAGGUGGAAGAUCAAGCACCCUGAUCUCGAGAUGCGUCUGGCUGAGCCUGAGAGUCUUGGCGCAGCGAGUGAGUCUGAGUCUGGCGACGCAGGCGGGGCGGACACCAAGGGCACCAAUGAACACGUCAGAAUGAGACUCUGGGAGGUAUCUUCCAUCAUGUAA